CAAGGCAGAACCUUCACUCCGACAGGAAAACUACAAGUCGUUGUCUCUCAGAAAAGGUGUCCAGCAGCAAAGGCAAAGCUAGAGUCAUGUGUGGGAUCUUUGCCUACCUGAAUUACCGAGUGACUCGCACUAGAAGGGAGAUAUAUGAGACGCUGGUGAAUGGACUGCUGAGACUGGAGUACAGAGGGUACGAUUCAGCAGGCGUCGCUGUGGAUGGUCCGAAAAAGACGGACACUGAUAACAACAAAAACACCACCUACAUAUUCAAGACGAAGGGGAAGGUCAAGGCUCUGGAUGAAGAGCUUUACAAGAAAGACUCACUGGACCUGGAUGAGGAGCUGAACAUCCACUUUGGCAUCGCUCACACUCGUUGGGCAACACACGGAGAGCCCAGCUCGGUCAACAGCCACCCUCAUCGCUCCAACAAGGAGAACGACUUUGUCGUUGUCCACAAUGGCAUCAUCACCAACUACAAAGAGCUGAAGGCGUACCUGAUCAACAAAGGAUAUGAGUUUGAGUCAGAGACGGACACAGAGGUGAUCCCGAAAUUGACCAAAUAUGUUUACGACAACCGGGAGAAUGACAGCAUCACCUUCUCCACCCUGGUAGAGAGGGUCAUUCAGCAGCUGGAGGGGGCCUUCGCUCUGGUGUUUAAAAGCCGUCAUUUCCCUUCGGAGGCUGUGUCCACCAGGAGAGGAAGUCCAUUGCUCAUUGGGGUGCGAAGCGAGCAGGAGCUGACCACGGACAACAUCCCUAUCCAGUACAACGCUAACUUGAAGGAUGGAGUCGAGGAGAAGAACAGCCAUAAUCGUCCCAACGACUCCAACGCCAUCAACUCUGUGGGGGAUGGCCAGCCUGUGGAGUAUUACUUUGCCUCUGAUGCCAGUGCCAUCAUUGAGCACACCAACAAGGUGCUGUACCUGGAGGAUAAUGACUUGGCAGUGGUGACCGGUGGGAAGCUCUCCAUUCACAGGCUGAGCCACGAGGUUGGGGAGAAUCCAGUGAGGGCAAUCCAGACCCUGCAGAUGGAGCUUCAACAGAUCAUGAAAGGUAACUUUGAUGCCUUCAUGCAGAAGGAGAUCUUUGAGCAGCCGGAGUCAGUCUUCAACACCAUGAGAGGACGGAUUUGUUUUGACACAAACACAGUGAUUCUCGGUGGGCUGAAGGACCACCUGAAGGAAAUCAAACGAUGCAGGAGGCUAAUUGUGAUUGGCUGCGGUACGAGCUACCAUGCUGCAGUGGCUACCAGGCAGAUUCUCGAGGAGCUGACGGAGCUGUCUGUCAUGGUGGAGCUGGCAAGUGACUUCCUGGACCGCAACACGCCUGUUUUUAGAGACGACGUUUGCUUCUUCAUCAGUCAGUCAGGAGAGACAGCAGACACCUUAAUGGCGCUACGCUACUGCAAGGGUCAAGGUGCUCUGACAGUUGGUAUAACCAACACUGUGGGAAGCUCCAUUUGUAGAGAAACCGACUGUGGAGUCCACAUCAAUGCUGGGCCUGAGAUAGGAGUGGCUAGCACCAAAGCCUACACCAGCCAGUUUGUGGCCCUCACCAUGUUUGGCCUCAUGAUGAGCGAGGACAGGCUCUCCCUACAGCAGAGAAGACUGGAGAUCAUUGAAGGCUUCCGGGUGCUACCUGAUCUGAUUAGGAAGGUGUUGGCUCUGGAUCAGAAGAUCAAGCUCAUCGCUGAUGAACUCUAUGAACAAAAAUCUCUUCUGGUCAUGGGCCGAGGUUUCCACUACGCCACCUGCCUUGAGGGGGCACUGAAAAUCAAGGAGAUCACGUACAUGCACUCUGAGGGCAUCCUGGCCGGGGAGCUGAAGCACGGCCCUCUGGCACUUAUAGACAAAGACAUGCCGGUGAUCAUGAUCAUCAUGAGAGACGCCUGCUACACCAAGUGCCAGAAUGCUCUGCAACAAGUCACCGCUAGAUCGGGUCGGCCCAUCAUCCUUUGUUGCCAGGACGACCCUGAGAUCAGUCAGAUGGCCUACCACACCAUCGAGCUGCCGCACACUGUGGACUGUCUGCAGGGAAUCCUCAGUGUCAUCCCCCUGCAGCUCCUGUCCUUCCACUUGGCCGUCCUGCGAGGAUAUGAUGUUGACUUUCCCAGGAACUUGGCCAAAUCUGUGACCGUGGAAUAAUUACACAAUGCAAAACACAACAGAGGAGAUAGGAGGCUCAUAGAUUUACAGUCCAAUCGUGCAAUUUGUUCAGUGUGUGUAUGUGUGUCUGCGUGCACAAGUGAGUGUGUGAGGCAAAAUUGGGAUUAAGUAGGGCACUUUGUUUGUGUGUGUUUGUAGUGAUGAGGGUGUGAAUGGGAGAAAAAUAUGAAAUAGAGAGAUAUACUGUACAAUGACUUUUUUUUUUUAAGAAGAGAAAUGUGAAGUCCAAAUCAGACCAAUAAAUACACUGCUGAGGACGUGCCAGUGCCAUUGAGGCUUUCUCUGAAAAGUCUCUGAAAUGAUAUCCUCACAUCCAAAGCAACCAUCACGCUGUGCCUUUUUCACAUCUUGCGAUGAGCCAAGAAAACGCAUACUAAAGACUUAGCAGAAAGGCAUUAAUAUGGUGUAUUGAAGUGUUUACAGUUGUGCAAUAGGGGGACCAAAUGUGCAUUAUGCAUGUACACAAUCAUGAGUGCGGUGAUAUAUUCUCUUUCUGUUUUUAUGGUUCUAUUAUAUCCACUGGGGCAGCUUACCUCUCUAUGAAUAAUGGGAAAUGUAGGAAUCAAACUCUUUUAUUUGAGAGAGUUCUCUAAAUUAUGAAAAUCUCUUCUAUAUAUAUAUAUAUACAUAUAUUGCUGCACAUUUAUGCCAUCACUGUUCCUGGUGAGCCAUUCCAAUAUUUUUAGCAGUUACCGGAGGGAAAUUCUUUGAUCUGACUUUGACAAUAUUACUUGAUUAUUUUGGUAUUUUUCCAGUCCAUUUUACUGUUAUGCUAUUUUAAUUUAAAUAUUGUAUUGCUAUUCUGUUUAACAGAACUGCAGUUUCCAAAGAAAGUUCAUGGUAGAUCAUGAAACCUUUUUACUGACUUUCCUUAUACUUAUUCCUUUUAUAGUUUGGAGAUUUUCCUUUUUACAUACAUGAUGAUAAUCAUAAAUAUGUAAAGAGCAAUCAUCCUGCAACAAAAAUAAUGUCCCGUGACUUUGAAUAACACUUUUGUUUUUUAAUAAUAAUAUUCUGUAUUUAUCAGAUUUGUAUGUUUAUAAGGGCUUGGACGGGGUUGAUUAAUAUCUUUAACUGUGAUUGUAUUUUAUACUGUGUGUUUUAUAGACAUAAGGUACUAUCAAUGAAUAAAUAGAUAAAGGCAUGUUAAUCAAA